AUGAGCAGUAGGCCGACUUACAACUCAUGGCUUCCCCAACCCGAUGCCGACGGCUGGUAUGAUGGACGGAAACACCCAAGACGACUGGAAGAAUUCGACAACGGGAAGACUGCUCGGUCGGGGGAAAAAGAGGACCAGCGCGGCGGCCGGUCUAGCACCAGGCCUUCGCCGUCUCCGCGGUCAGGAGGCGCACCCGACAGACGACCCGGCGGCGAUUUCAUCUCAAGAAAUUCUAGAGAUGCGCCCCGUAAUGAUCGUGGGCGGGGUGAGAGGUUUUCAGCGUCACUGCCCAGGAGGAGCCCUCCCCGGCCAAGAAGACUAUCCAAGGACGACGGACCGCCGGCACCUAAGAGGAAAGGCGGCGGUUUUGUACUGAUGCCAAAACUAUCCCAAGAAGAACUGGACAAGAUCAGCAAUCACAAGGACGUCUGGGAAUCCAGAUCCCUCUACUUCAUCCCCCCAAAGAGAUCAAAAGAACACCAGCAACCCAUCCGCCAACCCAAACCGCCAAGACCCGAACCUCCAUCCCGAAGAAACCGCGACGCAACCAUGAUCGCAAGCCCAGAGUCCAUCAAAGCAGCGAUCCAAAUCUCAGAAAAGGACCUCCGCCUAGCCCGAAGACCGCCCCCACCGGCCCCUGAAAUCGAACUCCAAGGCGACGGCGGCACCAUCGUCGCAGACCCCAUCGCCAACGACGACAUCCUCCCGCACGCCCUCGCCGCGCGCUUCUUCUUGUCUCCGCCCGCGACGUUCCUGUACUCGGCCUUUCGCCUCAAACACCACCCGCUCAACACCACCACCCCCGAGAUCUGCGUCGUCGGCGCCAGCAACUGCGGGAAAUCAUCCUUCAUCAACGCUCUUACUGGCGCGGCGUCGCUCGCCAAAAUAAGCGACCGCGCGGGCAAGACGGUCUCCAUGAAUGCCUACGGCGUGGGGCCGCUGACGGGCCUUCCCUUUCGGAAACCAGUCGCCUCCCCCUCUUCAGCCGAGGGCGGUAGUGGUGGCGCCACAAAGGAAGAGAAACCAGAACACGGCAUAAUCCUCGUCGACACCCCAGGCUACGGCUACGCCUCCCACGAAGAAUGGGGCCACGAAAUCGUCGAAUACAUCAACAAGCGCACCAUGCUCCGCGGCAUCAUCCUCCUCCUGUCGUCCGAGAAGAAAGUCUCGGAAAAGGACGCCCAAAUCGUAAAACUCCUAUCCGACGCCGGCCGCCCCGUGAUGCUCGUCUUUACGAAAAUGGAUAAAGCGCUCUCCCGCAAAGCGCGCGAAGAGGGGGGCAUCGCGCAGCGGUUACGCGAGGCGGAGCGGUGCUUUGCGCGGACGGGGUGGGAUGGCUGGGUGAAGAGGGUGUACAUCACCGCGGCGCGGAUGGAGCGCGGCGAUAAGAGCUGGAAGGUGGAUGAUGGAACGAGGAGCGGUGCGGCGGGGAUGGCGGGUGUGAGGAUGGGGGUUCUUGAGUUGGCGGGGGUGAGGGAGUUUGUUGCGCCGGAGAAGGCCAAGGUGGUGGCCAAGGCAUUGGCGAAGAAGAAGUCUCAAAGGGCACGGGAGGAGGGAGGAGUAGUUGAUGAGGGCGAGAAGACGAGGUUGGAGCCGGGUAAGGCUUUGGAGAGCGAUCCGGCAGCGUGGUCUGGGGAUGUGGUUUCGUUUGAGGAGCUGGAGAAGAAGUUUGGGGACUGGUCUUCGUGA